UCGUGGUUGGUCUGCCCGGGCGAGCGUGUCCGUGUCGGGUAGAGGUGGAUGGUGCCCAGUGUCCACGCUCUCUCCCUCGCCGAGCUCCGCCGCCUCGCCAGGGAGGAGGAUCAGCCUCACGCCCGAGUGCAAGACGAUCGGUGUGAACACCUCGCCACGGCCUCGUGCACGGGCGGCGUCUGCGGGUGAGGGUUCGAGCAGGAUGCGCCUCCGCAGACGAUACCUGAUCAGCAAGGACUUUUGAUCACGUGCGGCCUGAGUGCGACCGAGGAUGUGCGGGGAAAAUCGUGCAGGACCUGUGCGCUGCUCGUACGAGAGCGAGGGAGCGAAGAGGGCGUGACAGGUGCUCUCCUUAACAGGAACUGCGACAGGUGAUCUCGUCGUUAAAGCCCUCUCCGCGAAGUGUUGGCAGGAGUGGUCGAGACUCGUGCGUGUUGUCUGUCUCUGUUGGCUGCCACACGAACUGCUCUUCUUUAUGACAACAAUUUCACUAGUCCUCGAAGCCUAACUUAUUAUUUUCUAAUGUCACUCGAGUGCCUCUUUAGAAAAAGAAAACAAAUCCUGCAUUUGUUUCACGAGAAUCUUUUGCAGACUUUCUCGUUCUCUCUCUCUUCCUGAAUUUCCCCAACACCCAGACAGUCUGUUGUGAGAUUGAACGAGAAAUACGUUUACGACGCCAGAGGGAAAACCUUUCUGCUAUUCUUUAAAAGUUUAUAAUUGUAUAGAGAGCGAGAGAGAAAGAACGAAACCGAAAGAGAGAGAAAAGUACGAGUUUAUCACAGCCCCGAAAUCAGCGCGAAAACCACCUUCGCCGAGACCAGGGAUCAAGCGACAUGACCGCGUGUUAUUCCUGAGUUGUUAUGAGUGUUGUGAAAAACCUCGGCGGAGAAAUGGAGACGACAUGAACACCGACGACGAUCCAGAGGGAGAUGAUGGCCGCCAAAAAUGUGACUCUAAUUUAAAUGAUAGCAACCACUCUACACGGGAAUGCGAGGACAGACUACAGUCGGCAUGCUCCGAAAUAGAAAUCUUCCCAAAAUCUAUCAAGGGAGAGGAAAUUGUGUGAGAGGCGGCAUGUGAGAACCUCGUUUCCGCUGAUGACGUAAUGGGACAGGCCAAUGAUGACGUAAUGGACUAUGUCUACGUCACAGUUCGCGAUGACGUAAUGGUCGCUUGACAGAUCCUCUAGCAGCCGCCACAAGCACCGCCCACUGCCCCUGCCUCGCCACGCCCCCGUCAUGCGGGUGGCGGGCACCAGGGGCAAGAGGAGGGUGGUCUCUCUCCUGCUGGUGCUCCUGCUAGCUCACCUGCUCCUGCUGCUGCUGCUGCUGUUGCUGCUGCGGCCGGACCCCCAGCCGCCCUUGCCGCCCCCUGCUGACCAAGCGCCGCCCCCGCUGCCGCACACGAGGAUCGAAGGCACGCCCGGUCGCCGCGACUCGCCGUGUGAGGGCGUGGGAGAGGGUCAUCCGCGGGCGUGGCAGCCGGUGUACACGGUGGUCAUCGACGCCGGCGCCACGGCCACGCGCCUACACAUCUUCUCCUUCCUCAGGUGCUGCAUAGAUAAUACGUUCCUGCUGCAGAAGGAAGAUUACUUCCAGGUCGAUGACAGUCUUAUGAAUUACGUCUACACUUCCCACCAGAUCCGCGAAUUGCUGCUGCCCCUCCUGCGCAACGCCCGGGACCUCGUGCCCCCGAAGUACCAGCAGCACACCCCCCUCCUGCUGCGCGCGACGCCCUCUCUGCGCCUCCUACCGCGCAUCCACGCCACCAGGCUCAUCCACAGGGCGCGGACCAUCGUGUCGCGGUCGCCAUUCCUGGUGAAGAGCGACCACGUGACCAUCAUGGCCGGACACGACGAGGCGGCCGACCUCUGGCUGGCGGCGAACUUCCUUACCGGCCGCCUGUACGAGAACCACACGUCCCCCUUCGCCGUGGCCGAGCUGGGUGGAGGGACGCUGCGGGUCACGGUGCCCCUCGACGGCCCCCCUGAGUACAUACGGAAGGCGAUCGAGGAGAGGAAGAAGCAGAAGGCGCAAGUGGCACAUGCGCAAGGGGAGAAGAAGGGAGCAGGAGGAGGGAGUGGGGGAGCGAGCGCGAAGGGGAAGACUCGAGACGAGCAAAGAGACAUAGUGGUGGGGAAGGGCGGAGACCAGGCGGCGCAUGGGGCGUCGAGUGAGCACGGGGGCCAAUGGGUACGAGGCAGAAGGAAAUACGUAUUCCAAAAUAAGGCAAAAGAUGAUCUAUCUAGUGUAAGCCAAUCGAAACGUAAUGCGACGAGAAAGGUCGCCGCAGCAGGUGAGGAUGCGAUACCAAAGUCAAUAAAAACUAGUAAAUCUAAACACUUGUUGAAUUCUAGCUCUACUGAUAAGGGACAUCGGACUGUUACCCUUAACAGCAGUGUUGUUCCUAGCAUAAAAAACACACCUGAAAAGCCGCACAGCAGAAGAAAAACGGAAGUGACUGUGGGUGCAGUGCCAGUGACGAGUGCAGUGCCAAGCACGAGUGACAGUGUUACCAGUGGGGAGGGGGGAGGGGAGGAGCGAGAUGGGAGUGAGCGGGAGGCGAAGAAGCUCGGAGCCCAGAGUGAAAGCCUGGAAGAUUCAGAGAACGAAGGCCUAAGCAUCUUGUCCGGUGGGCGGAGGGGGGCGCGGGGACACGAUGAUAAAGAGCAGGAAAAGAGGAAGAAGCCAGACAAAGGAGCCAGGAUAAACAUCCAUCAGGAUAGGAGCUCAGGAGAUGGCGGCGCGUCCCUGGCUCGCGUCCCCAAGGAGGGAUCGGGAACGGAUAAUCAAGAAGUAACGACUACGAUCGCAUCGCGGGGCAGGGAGGAGGGCAAGGAGCGGGAGCGCGAGGACGUCAGAUCCAACUCGGAACGGAAAAGACAGAACAACAGGAACAAAAAGAAGCCGGCAAGAAGAAAAAGCUCGCGGAGGCAAUCCUGGAACGCCGGCGGGGACGAGGCCCGUCCUCCUGGCCGUGGGACACCUGCACAGCCACCUGCCACCGCCUCGGCCAAGGGCGACACUCAAAAUCCCGAAGAUGAGAAGAGACUCGGAAGCUCAGGGAGAGUUGAUCUUGGAUCGAACGGCGAUAUUAGAGGCGUUGAACCGGGUUCGAGCGCGGAUCAGCCCGGAUCCCGCAGGAUCACCAAUGCAGGAUCUGCCGAGGCGUCAGACGGGCUUGGCGAUGACGCAACACCUAAAAGCAUCCUUCAGCUCUGGCCUGAGAGGUCUCGGUCGUCAACGCCCUCGCCGAGAGAGGAAAAAAGUGUGCGCUCCAGAGGAAAGAAAGCUCGUGCUAAGACAAGGCCAAGAAAAAUACUGACCACUGAGAGAGCGUCCUUGUCCGCGGACGCCGUGGAUAACGAGAGCGAGAGUCCCGUUCCUGUUCAGGAGGACAACACGGGAGGCGACUCAGGAGGACUGAGACAACACCAACAGGAAAAGGAGGACAGCGCCAUAGAUAAAAUCGAGAGACAUAAAAACUCUCGCGUGAGAAACGACAAAACAAAAAGAAGGAAGCGAAGAAAAAGACCCAAAACUUCUCACUCUAGAAAAAGGAGAAAGCACAGGAAUGGAGGAAAUGGAACGACAACAAAAGACAGAGCAACAAGUGUACCGGGUGGUACACAAAAAACGAGAACUGACCGAGAAAGGAUUGCAGACACGGCCGGCGACGAGGACGAAAAUCCCGGUGAUAUCUCCCCCGCAAACAAGGGGAGAACAACGAGUUCCAGGAACAGCUCGCGCGACGAAAAUGGAGCCGAGGUGCAAGAGAACGGCGCCUCUCUCCCCGACGAGGAGAGGGGAGGCGGCAACAAACAAACCGCGGCGGACCGCCCUUCCUCGGGAGCCCUCUUCAGCGGCGACCGCGAGCGCCCAACAAAAGGAGGUGGAGGCCCGAGCCGCAGGAGAGGCAAAAACCAAUCUAGAUCUACCCCUCCGAGUAAUAGGAAACGCCAAUCUAAAAAACGUCCUCCGCCUCUGUCACCAUCCGAGAACACUGGCGUCGGGCCGCCCCCGCAGGAGAGGUUGUCAGCUCAGAACGCAGCAAAUCCCUCAGCAGCGGGAAAUCGCGAUGGGAAUCUCAGCGCUGAGACGGGGGAUUUCGCUGCGACAACGUCCAAACAAAUCUCGUCAGGAUCGCGCCGCCGCCACCGCCACCGCCACAGCCGCUAUAAUCGCCAACGCCGCUACCGCCACCGCCUGGCCGACGCUCGACGUGAGGGAGGGCAGAAAAGGGGUGUCAGGGGCGCCGGGGGAGAAGUCCUUGCCUUCCAUCGACCUCGAGACUACCCACUUGCGAGGAAGUCGGGUUUCGCGAAGCUUAUCAAUCACGAGAGAGGAAGAAGAGAUUUGAUAGACCCCUUUCGAGCUGACGAGGACCUGCAAGAGACACGCAACUUGGGCUUCAGCAGCAGUCUGUGGAAGCGCCCGCCGCUUAUCGCCACGAAUCCUUACGCUGCAGUAUUCGGGGGUGAAGAGAAAUUAAACAAAAUCGUCUGGAACUCGCCAGAAUCCACGACAACCCGAGACUCUUUGAUCCAGGGCAGCCUCGAGUCGCCAGAAAUGAGCAGAUCCGCGAGAGACGCGAGGCGAGCGAGGCGGCAGCUGAGGAGAGCCGCCGCACACUCGCAGGAAACGCUGAUCACCGGACUCUCCGCCGAGCAGGACAUCAUGCUGAGCCCGGCUGAGACAGACCUACGGAGAAUCGACAUCCUGAGCCGCGACUGCGAUCACGUGAGAGGGAGCGGCGACGGGCGAUCGUCGGCCGACGCGGCGCUCGACUCGACGAAGCAAAUCACGGAUGGAAAGAAGCCGGGCAAGGGCGUGCUGAGCUUCGCUGACCCCGCGAAAAAGAGCGCGGACGGGGAAGCGGCCGAGGGAGACGACGAGAAGGAGCAGCGGACUCGGCGGGAACUGAGAAAUCUUUUCGGGGCGCCAAACAUCACGUACCGCUGCUCUCCGUUCCAUAAACAUUGGCUGUUUACGUCCAGCAUCCCCAUGGGGAUAUACCCCGUCCGCGUCAGGGUUCUCCAAACGGGCAACCUCACCCGCAUCCCCUUGUCUCCGAACGAAGUGGGCGUGGAGAGCACCACCACCCCGGCUCCGCCCACAGCCACGACGCCCCGCCACCGCUCAGACAUCCCCCCGGAGGAGGAAUACACAGGGGGCGAGGAAGACGUCCCGUCCUCCCCGCCGCCCGAUAAGUCUGCCUCGAACUCGGCCGCCCAGCCCACACCGCCCGCUCCCCCGACGCCGACCUCGCAAACAGUCACCCCGAUUCACCCACGGGCGGCCACCAUGAUCACCAGCAAGUGGAUGGAAGAGACGCUCGACAAGGUCAAGAAGGUCGUGGACUCGGUGCUGCGCUCCAUCGGCCAGGUCCCGGAGGCGGGCGAGGGAGGCAACGGCACCGCCGGGAAUGAGACUUCUUGGAGGCCCAGACACAGAGGAGGAGGUGAGGGGGAGGGAACAACGAGAGCAGGAGGAAAAGGUGAAAGGAGAAGAGCAGGGGGAACAGAGGGAAGAGGAGGGGAAGAAGGAGGAGACGGAGCAAGUGGAAAUGGAGGAGGUAUAGGUUAAA